ACUGAGGUCCCCCGACCUCCCCGGGAGUGGCGCAGCCCGAGAGCUCCGGGCUAAGCCUUCCGGCGGGAAGAGGCACCGCGGCGUUUCCGGGCCGGGCUGCGUGGAGGACGCUGCUCGCAAUGGCUCUGCCGGGUGCAAAUAAGGAUAACAUCAGAGCAGGAUGCAAGAAAUGUGGCUACCCUGGUCAUUUGACAUUUGAAUGCCGAAACUUUCUUCGAGUGGAUCCUCAAAGAGAUAUUGUUUUAGAUGUUAGCAGCACAAGCAGUGAAGAUAGCGAGGAAGAAGAGUUACAGAGACUGCAAGCCCUGCGUGAAAAGAAAAAUUUAAAUGAGGAGGAAGAAAAAAAGAAACAAAAAAGAAAAAGUAAAGAAAAAACAAAACUAAAGAGACCAAGGAAAAGAUCUUCCUCAUCAAGUGCUGCUGAAGAGGCUGGACCAAAGUCGAAAAAACAAAAAUCACAUAAAAAGGAAAGGAAAAAGGAAAAGAAGAAUAAAUCUAAGAAAGGCAAACAUCAUAAAAAGGAAAAGAAGAAGAGACGAAAGGAAAAGAGUUCAUCUUCAGAUAGUUCAGACAGUUCUAGUAGUGACUAAGUUGCUGGCCUAUUUUUGCUGUAAUUUCUGCAGAGAAUAGGAUGGUUUUCCUUUCAGAUCUUGCCUAUUUGUGCUUUGCAGUUAUGUUUAUAUUGAUAUAUAUAUUUUUCAGGAAAUCUACUUGCAAAUAUCAGUGCUUCAAAUUAUUAAAUGGACCAUUUGGAAACUCUAGUGGAAGGUCUGUGUGUCAAAAUAUUCGGACUUCAUAUGCUUAACAUUGGAAUGGUUAAAUCAAAUUUGGAAAUUUAAAUGAGCUUGCUUCUGUUAAUUUAUUCCAUAAAUGUAUGUUUCCAUCUUGUGGGAGGUAAUCAAUCUAUCAUGUUGAAAUAGGUAAUAAAAAUUACCCUUUGCUGUCAGGGAAAGUGUCAACAGUUUACAGGCCAUUUUGCCCUGGGAGAAGGGGGAAAGGGAAAAGGGGCAAAAAAGAUUGGAAGAUGGGCUUAAAAACAAAACAGUUGCAAUGAUUUGAGGAAGAAAGUUAAUUUACUAUAUUAUGUAUUGGAAUGCAAGAUAAUAUAAUUGGAAUUGAGGCUAAUGAGAAAAAUGAGAGUGUGUCCAAAAACUGAAGUUCUGAAUGGCCUGAAGGCAUGCUGAAAGCAGGACAGCUAGGGAGCACACUACUGCAUUGACAAGCAUUAAAAGAAAGGGCGUGUCUUGUGACUUGCAAACACUUUUAUCUUUUCCUCUGAGUGGAAAAUGAAAACAGAACAGUAAAAGUCUUCUGGAAAAGUAAUUGUUCUCCUCCGAGAACCAGGUACCCAGAAAUAUCCUCAAUCCACAGAACUGGAGCGUUAACUCUUUAACUCCCAGUGCUCUACGUGAUGUUGCUAUGUGGAAUGCCAAUAACAAAAGUCAUAAAAUCAUGACGGAGUUAUUUCAGGCAUGUCAGAGUUUCAUGAUUGGAUACCCUGGUAUUCAGUUCAUAUCUUAGAAUUGUAGAAUGGCUUGGGUUGGAUAGGGCUUUUAAGAUCCUCUAGUUCCAACCCCUCUGCUAUAGGCAGUCACCUCCCUCUAGGCCAGGUUGCUCACAGCCUCAUCCAGCCUGGCCUUGAAUGUUUCCAGGCAGGGAGCAUCCACAGCCUCUCUGGGCAACCUGUUCCAGGGUCUCACCACCCUCACAAUAAAGAAUUUCUUCCUGAUAUCUAGUCUAAAUCUACCAUCUUCUAGUUUAAAACCACUUCCCCUCAUCCUGUCACUGCAUGCCCUUAUAAAACAUAUUCAUGAAACACUUUAUGAACAUAAAAUUGGUUAUUCUUAUUGCUCUGUCACUUCCUGUAGAAGUCUCUUACAAAGGUUUUUAUGCAGGGAUUAGACCAAAGGGCUUUCAUAUCCCCUUCCACCCAUUCUCUCGGUCUGUUUCCAGCAGAUGUCAUUAAUGCAUGGCCAGAGAAAGAAUGAAAGGGUGGUACAGGCAUGUCUCUGAGCUCAUCACCCUAGUUGGUGGCCCUCCUCUGGACCAUCUACAACAGCUCCAUGUCUUUGUACUGGGGGCCCUGAAACUGGAUGCAGUACUCCAAGCAGGAUCUCAUGAGAGCAGAGUAGACAGGCAGAAUCACCUCCAUCGAUCUGCUGAUCACACUUCUCUUGAUGCAUCCAGGAUACUACUGGCUGUCAUUGCUGGCCUAUGUUGAACCUUUCAUCGACUUUCAUCAGCUAAAUCUACAGCUGAGUUAAUGAUAAACUGAUACCUUUGAGUUCAGCAGACUGUGAUGCUAUCUCAGGUAUGCCUCAUCUUCAAAGUACCUAAAUUUGCACCUGAGGGGCAAUGUAAGAUUUCCUCAAUGUAAGAGUUCACAGUUCCAUGUGACAUUAACUGUAUUUUAGAACAUCAUGUCACUACAAAAAUUGCUGCUGUAAUGGUUACUGUGAUGGUCCUGCACAUUUCUUCCUUCAGUUUAUAGGUACAAGAUGAGUACCCUAAUUAUUGGACAACUCAGUUUGUACUGUAGUAUAUAUAUAUAUACUAUAUAUAUACUAUAUAUACUUGUAUUUAUAUGUACUAUUUAUUGUGCUAUAAAACACUGCAGAUCAAAAUUCUCAUGGAAGCCAGAGAAGAGCAAAUAAAAGUAAUCUGUAACCAUCAACAUAGAUCUCAGUAGAGAAUGGCAAGAGUCCUUGCAUCUGCUCUUUUCUUAUUGAUUUUGGUCUGUGUCUUAAUUUUUCAUUCAUACACCAUGAUAUGUAGGAUGAGCUUGGAUAAUAUAGCUGGCCUCCUUAAUUAGCUAACGACUGUGCAUAAGAUUGAAAAGCAUAUUAGGAACAUUUUUCUUAUAAAUAGAAAUCUAAAGUUUUCUACCACCCUGUUCGCACUGGCACUGUAGAGCAUGUGGAGUUUAUUUUUAAUAACUGGAUCAGUUCUGUGAAUCAGUAAUUCUGUGGAGAGCAACAAGGGAGCUGUAUGCUGCAUAAUAAUUCAGUACUGUUGUCAAAGGAAAUGUUUAAUUCAGCUGCUUUUUAAGACAGAUCUAUUUUUUUCUCCUUAUAUUGUCUUUAAUUAAUGAAAUUGGGUUAUUGGAGUUAGGGGAUUUCAGAGCUCAUGUAUAUUUUUCCCAUGGUCCUCUGUGGGCACGCCAACUUUGGAGAAUGGGAUUUUGUACAUUUGUUUCCUCCUUUUGUAAGCUUGAGCUAUCAGUAACGCUUCACUUAACUGAAGGCAAAAUAUAUAGCUUUCUGUUCCAGAACUGAGCAACCCUUAUUAAGGUAUUUCUCUACGCAGAAGUGUAACUUUUACAGUUAUAUCAAUUUACGUGUCACUAUUCUCUCAAUUGAUGUAGUCCUUUAACAGAGAGAAUGUUGUGUAUGUUAGUCUACUUUUCAAACUAUAUUAACGUUUUAUGUACAAAGAUGUACAUUCAGGCCACUAUUGUUUGCCACAGAAUUGAAGUGCUUAAGAUUUCAGGUGUAAGCUAACAUACCAAGGAAAUGCUGCAGUUAACUAUUCUUUGCUGUGUUAGUGUUUGCUAAUCUUCAAAAGGUGACACCAGAAUAAAUAUUAUAUUGUUUUCCCCUUUGUGUUUUA